GCAAGUUUCAUUGAUUUGCAGGGUUGAGUAGCUAGUACUAGAUGAAUCUGAUAAGCUAGUUGAGCCUGGAUUGUCAAAGCAGAUUGAUAGUGUGGUUAAGGGAUACUGCUUCAGAAUCAAUCAUUCAAAAGUUGGAUUUUGCUGGAAGUGAAUCUCAGAGAGUCUGAACCCACCAGUGUUAAUCUUUAUGCAAAGCAAGGAACGGGCAAAGGAACUUUAUGAAGAACUGAAAUUUGAAGAUAUUAGAGUUGAUGUCAUCCAUUCUGAUCUCUCCCAAGCACAGCGUGAAAAUGCAGUUGAUGAUUUCAGAGCUGGCAAAACGUGGGUUUUGAUUGCUACUGAUGUUAUUGCUCAUGGUAUGGACUUCAAGGGUGUCACCUGCGUGAUAAAUUAUGAUUUUCCAGAUUCUGCUGCUGUAUACAUUCACAGAAUUGUCUGGCAGAGCAGGGAGGAGUGGAGAAGCUAUAACUUUCUACUCAGAAGUUGAUAUUCCUUAAUUGCCUUAUUUGUAGAAAAAAGUUCCCUCUCUGUUGCUGAGCAGUGUGCAUGGGCAUUGGGAAAUGUAGCUGGUGAAGGAGAGGAGUUGAGAAAUGUUUUGCUAUCUUAAGGGGCCUUACUACCUCUUGCAAGAAUGAUGCUGCCAAACAAAGGUUCCACUGUGAGAACAGCUGCUUGGGCAUUGUCAAACCUUAUCA